GGAGAAAUGAGCCAACAUUAGGCAGUGAAGGCAAUGGCGACAAGAAGCACAUUUCUGCUACUCCUGCUGGUUGGAGUUAGCGCAAUUAUUUCAUGGCUCCAUCAGGUCGGUGCCGUUAGCAGCAACGUUGCUGAGUUGCAGCGUCAGCGGUGGCGAGAGAAGCUUCCAGAAGUCGCUAUACCCCAAACCCUCGUGGCCCGUCUCUCCCCUCUUUCUCUAACAGAGCUGCAGAGUUUGGCGGCGGGGCUGAAGAAGAUGGACGCUGCUUCUUUCGAUGCCCACAAAUUCUGCGGCGCCGCCGGUUUGAUAUGCAGUGAAGACGUCAGUUUUCCUGCGAGACGUGGUUCAAUUUUUGCGAAUCCCGAUGCCGAACUUGGGGAGAUCGAGGAGCACGUGUUCUUCGACAAAGAGGAGCUGCAGGAGUCGGGGGAAAUGAUAUUACCGGAUCUUAGCCCUUGCAAAUAUUUGGUCUCAUUUUUGCCCAGCGAGUUAGCACAGAUGAUGCCGCCGUUUUCUACUGCAAAUGUUUCUCAAAUUCUGAAUUUGUUGAAUAUCUCGGGCGGGUCGAAUUUGUCCCGCAGCAUGGUGAGCACGUUGGAGAUGUGCGAGGCAAGGGGUGAAGAAGGAGAAGUGCACACGUGCAGCACCUCCGUUGAAGGCAUGGUGGAAUUUGUGGUGUCUCGUUUGGGAUCUGACGUGGACCUGUUUACUGACACGUCAGUUGUUGGAUCCGAUCAGCGGGUUAGGGUUACGAAAGUGAGUAAGAGGGAGAAUAUGAUGGGAGGUAAACCGCCCGUAACGUGUCAUAACUUUGCGUUUCCUUACGGGGUGAGUUAUUGUCAUUCUAUCAAGGGAAGUGAGGUAUUUGAUCUGCAGUUGGAGGUAGUGCAGGGGAAUGAGAAGGUUAGGAGGAACGCUACAGCAGUGUGUCAUUAUUUGUCUGAUGGAGCGGGAGGAAAUCAGGCAGCUUGUCAUCCCGUUUUCGGGGAGAUGUUACUUUGGACGCCUAAGGCCUAAGCGUGACUAGUUAUUAGUAGUUCACAUGGAUGGUUCUUAUCACCAUAUGAAUGUAUAACGUAGUAGUGUCCUCCUUUCUCACUGAAAAGAGAUUUACAAUUAAUGCUGUAAUGGGACUUAAAGUUGUUUCUAAGAUUGAAGAGAAUAUAACUUUCUUAUAUC